AUGAAUGAAGAAUUGCACCAGUUGCUGAUAAUACUGUCUUUCAUUUCAAGUGGUUUUUCAAGUGAAGAUGACACUACACAGGUUUACCAUCCCUUUCGUUUUGGAUAUGAGCUGAAGGGUGAAGAUGGUCACCAAUAUCGGAAAGAAGAAGCAGAUGCUAACGGUCAAGUUCGGGGCAGUUAUGGCUUUAUCGAUGCAGAAGGAACUUAUCGGGAAGUAUUUUACCUAGCUGAUGACGACGGAUUCAAAGUCAUAAUCAAGAGUAAUGAACCUGGAGUCAAAAACGAAAAUCCAGCACAUGUUAAAAUAUAUUCUUCAUCAUAUCACAACAACCAGUACAUUGGAAAACCUGGUGACAUUCAGAAAGCAUACAAAGAACCGCACAAAAAUAGGGAAACACCAACUCAUGAUGAGCAAAAAAACUAUGAGCAUAACAGUGACCAUUAUUCAGAAGACAAUUUCAAAAAACACCAACAUCCACAUGAAGAAUCUCCCCCACUGAAAGGGGAAGAAGAGCCUACUGAUGAUUAUCUAAAUAACCAUCAUCAAUCUCAUAAACUCAUCAACGAUCCGCCAAAAAACCACAAGAGUCCUAAAAACUCUUACCACAAAUUUCAUCCUAGUCAACAACAGGAAUCUCAUGCACACAACCCUCAGAAAUCACACCACCAGCCCUCUGAUGAAUAUAGUCAAGAAGAAGGUGAUAAUUAUUCAAUAGAAAACAAAGAGUCGGAGAAUAAGUAUGAUGAUAAAGAAAACAAAGAAACUUUAAACUAUGAUGAUGAAUACGAUGAAUCUGAUCGUAACAGAUUUAAACAACUUGAAAAAGAAGUAGAACUUAAGUAUAGAGGAACAUCAAGAAUCGCAAAUACUUAUGGCCAGUAA